AUGGGCGUAGAGAAGCUCGUUAUCAAGCCGGGCAACGGUAUAGACUACCCGAAGAAACACGAUGAAGUCUCUAUGGAAUACACUGGUUGGUUGUUCGACGAUGAUGCUCCAGACCACAAAGGUGGACAAUUCGAUACUUCUGUAGGUCGGGGUGACCUGAUUACUCCCAUCGGCGCAGGCCGAGUCAUCAAAGGGUGGGACGAGGGCAUUCUGGGCUCCGCAGAAGCGUCACCCAUGACGCUGGGAGAAAAGGCAACUUUGAUCAUAACACCUGAUUAUGCAUAUGGUCCUCGUGGAUUUCCCGGACAUAUCCCCGCGAAUGCCAAAUUGAUCUUUGACGUCGAGCUGAAAGCCAUCAACGGAAAGAAAGCAUAA